UUUGUUUAUUUUCGUGGCCAGCUAACCUGUAAACGUGUUGUUGUUAGCCUAAAUAUUUUUUGUUACAGUGAAGUGUAAUAGAGUGAAUAGUUAAACGACUGCGCAUUUAAUUGAGUAUGAUAUCCUAACAUUUCGUGAGGUAGCGGAUUUGGGGCAUCAUAGAAAAAGAUUAGCCAGCGAGCUAGCGUGAAGUUGAUGAAUGUCCCUUAGCGUUAGCUGUUAGCGUAUGUGCUAGCAAGCUAGUUAACGCUGCACAGCGCAUCAAAAUCUCGGUACCUAAAGCCACUCAUUUAUCAUCUCCAACCACCCGGACCACCGCAGCAGCGCGGAGAAAUCACGACAAGAUAUAAUGGCCAUAUUUGCAGAUGAACGACCUGUGAGAGGUUCUGCAUGCAUGAAUGUUGUUAAAGGUUGGCAGCAGUUGAUCAUCAAUAAUUUCACCUUGUCACCUCUACUGGUAAAGGCAUAGAGCAUACAACUGGAAAGCCUCCCCAAGGUUGAAACCUAAGGAGCAAGAUGUCAAUCACAAACACUCCCACAAGUAAUGAUGCCUGCCUGAGCAUUGUGCAUAGCUUGAUGUGCCACCGACAGGGAGGAGAGAGUGAAAGCUUUGCUAAACGUGCGAUUGAGAGUCUUGUCAAGAAGCUGAAGGAGAAGAAAGAUGAGCUGGAUUCCCUUAUCACAGCCAUCACUACAAAUGGAGCACAUCCAAGCAAGUGUGUAACCAUACAGCGAACUUUGGAUGGUCGCCUACAGGUUGCAGGGCGUAAAGGUUUUCCCCAUGUUGUCUAUGCAAGACUGUGGCGAUGGCCUGAUCUACACAAGAAUGAAUUAAAACAUGUGAAAUAUUGCCAAUAUGCCUUUGACCUGAAAUGUGACAAUGUUUGUGUCAACCCAUACCACUACGAAAGGGUUGUCUCUCCAGGCAUUGAUUUGUCAGGACUGACCCUUUCAAGUUCAGGUCCACUCUUGGUAAAGGAUGAAUAUGACUAUGAUAACCAGCAAUCUCACUCCAGCUCUGAAAGCCACCUGCAGACUAUCCAGCAUCCACCAUCAAGGCCUGGUCCACAAGAGGCCUUCAGCAGCCCAGCUCUACUCCCUCCGACGGAGGGAAGUAGUUCAGCUUCAACCUCUGCGUUUUCUACCAUCAGUGCUGGACCCUCAAAUCCUACCCCCAACUGGAGCAGGAGCAGCAGCUUCACCCCCACGGUGCCUCAACACCAGAAUGGGCAUCUACAGCAUCAUCCACCCAUGCCGCACACAGGGCAUUACUGGCCUGUUACCAAUGAAAUUGCGUUCCAGCCCCCCAUAUCCAAUCACCCUGCUCCAGAAUACUGGUGCUCCAUUGCUUACUUUGAGAUGGAUGUCCAGGUUGGGGAGACGUUUAAGGUGCCAUCCACAUGUCCGAUAGUGACUGUGGAUGGCUAUGUGGAUCCAUCAGGAGGGGAUCGCUUCUGCCUGGGCCAGCUGAGCAAUGUUCACAGGACAGAGAACAUAGAAAGAGCCAGGCUCCACAUUGGUAAAGGUGUGCAGCUGGAGUGCAAAGGUGAAGGAGAUGUCUGGGUGCGCUGUUUGAGUGAUCAUGCAGUGUUUGUUCAGAGCUAUUAUUUGGAUCGAGAGGCUGGACGUGCUCCUGGAGAUGCAGUACACAAGAUCUACCCCAGCGCUUACAUCAAGGUGUUUGACUUGCGUCAGUGCCACAGGCAGAUGCAGCAGCAGGCGGCAACAGCUCAGGCAGCAGCUGCAGCUCAGGCAGCAGCGGUGGCUGGGAACAUUCCUGGACCUGGAUCUGUGGGAGGCAUCGCCCCAGCCAUCAGUUUGUCUGCUGCUGCAGGCAUCGGGGUUGAUGACCUGCGCAGGCUGUGCAUCCUGCGGAUGAGCUUCGUGAAAGGCUGGGGGCCCGACUACCCACGGCAAAGCAUUAAAGAAACGCCCUGCUGGAUUGAAAUCCAUUUACACCGAGCUCUACAGCUACUGGAUGAAGUUCUGCACACCAUGCCCAUAGCUGACCCUCAACCUCUUGACUGAGUUGAAAGACAUUAAUUGUACAAAACAAACAAAGAAAAACAAUAAAAAAUCAGACUGUACGUUUAACAGUCUGCUCCACCAAUACGCCUGGAGCGCCAAAGGAGGACUGCAACUACAGGGAUGCUGAGUAGGUUGUAGGGGUAGGAACAAUGACAUAAAGGCUGGCAGUAUACUCCAAACACACCGCUUUCAUAUCCAGUGCAGAGACUCCAGGUCUGUAAGUUCAGUGACUUCCAAGCAACAGCUGGAGGAACAUGUGAGUCACACUGGGAGGAGUUGUAGCACAGUGGAAAAAUGCGGCCAAGAGGAUGCACAUAUUGAAGGAAGCCAGUAUUCUGACAUUGUUCAUCAAUUGGAACUGCAUAACAGCAUGAAGUGAUCAAGGCUGCAUGUCUCUCAAAUCUCAAGUUUGAUAUAAAAAUAAUCUCACACUGAUGUGUGAGGGUAAGGAAUGUGUCCACACUGUGAUAAAAAGAUUCAAAAAGCUCAUGAAUAAUUUAAUAAGGUUUAGUGCUGAACAAAACAAAUUCAAAGAGAGUGUAGGGUGUCAAACAGGAAAUGAUUCAUGCUUCACCAUACUGUUUUUUUUUAAUGUGGACAUUUCUGUAGAUUUUAAGAUGCUUGGAGCCCUCCUUGUAACUGAUUGACAAAAUUUCUUUUUGAGCUAUUUAGUGAGCAAAGUAUUUGGCUUAAAAACAGUUGAGCUGAACACAUUGUGGCGCCUCAUUCUGUCUGAACAUAUUAAAUGUGAUUUCAGUUGGAGUAUACUGCUGGUCCAGUCCUCCUCCAAUGGCUCUCCGGUGCUGAUAUGGCUUCAUGUAAGUGGAGUUUUUUUUCUCCCCUCACAGAUCAGGAUAUUUAUGUGAAAUCAUGUUAUUCAUUACUCAUUUUCUUGUAAGGUGUAAUCUGAAAUAUUUUUCAGUCCUUGAUGUUUUUUGAUUUAUAUUCCCCUUUUGAAUAGUUGUUUCUAAAGAUGUAAAGAGAAUUUAAAUAAGCCCAUUUUAGCUGAGCUCAGCUUCUCUUUAUAGAACUGUUCUGUUAUUCUACCACCAGUCAAGGCUGUUAUGACACUGAGAAGUGAUGUUUUCUACUGAAGUUUUUCAAACCCCAAAUUUAAUUGAAAUUAUGAAAAAAAUGUCAAAAGAAAAUGUUAUUAUAAUACAUCUGUGUAAUAUUAUUUGUAAUUGUCAUUUUUUGAUUAGAUGCCCAUAUAGUGUCCAUUAGCACUUUAUUAAUUUGCUUGAGUAUUUUGUCUUGUUUCAUAGUCUCAUGUGUGGUUACUUGUUGUAUCCAUAUAAUAUCUUAGCAUAGUUUAAAAGUUAUUCUUGCUAAUGACCUUGGUGAGACCCAUGAAAGAUGUAGUUCAAAGUGUUGUCUGCCCAGAAUCUAUAUUUUCAGUAUCAAACAUUCACAGCAGGUUUGAAAGGUUAUUUCACGAUCAUUAUUUGGAACACGUUGUGGUUGUGGUGUAGGAGUGGUUUAUGAAAUAUGAAAUCUUGCCUAUUUUGGAUGAAAUGAAAACCACCUGUCAAACCUACAGGCAGUGAAUAUUUGAUACUCAAAAGAUACAUUUGGGUGGAGCAUCACUUUUAAGUUAGCUCACCUCCACCCAUUUUAAUUUGAGUAUUACUUGUAUGACUUAACAUAGACAACAGCUGAGGAAAGGAAGCGUGGACUGAACUGUGAGAGGAAGCGUAAGCCAUAUUGAUGCCAAAAGUAACCCUCUGAAAAGUGGAAAGGUUAUCAGACUGCAGUAAUUUCUGUGUUAAUGUCACUUCUAAAAGCUUGGUUUUAAUUAUCAAUUGAAUGAUUUUAGUUUUUGCUCAACACUAUUCAAACAAUAUUUUGGUAUUUGGAGCUCUGUUUACCUACAGCUGUUGCAGUAUUUUAUACUCUUUUUGCUACCUUUACAGUGACGAGCCACUCUGGUCAAAAUUGAAAAUGAUUUAAAGAAAAAAAAAAAAAGAAAAAAAAAAAGAAAGAAAGAAGAAUGCUGUACAAUUUUCAGGAAAUGCAAGUUCAUGCUUAUCGUAAUCUUUACAAGUAUGUCAUACAUUCUGAAUACAUAACUGAGUUUGAAUGAUAUUGGUGUUUAUAUGUAUGGAUAUGGUUGAAUAAAAUUUAAUGGGCUAACUAUCAUUGAGUGUUUUUAAUUAGUGUGAGGCGAAACGAAGAGGGAGGACACUGACUUUGAACAAGAGAACGUUUAUUACUGCAAAGACAUGUCACAAAUUUUAAGAAAACAACACUAAGAAGCUAGCCUGAGCUGAGAUCUGAAAUAUUCAGAAAACCAAACUACAUGUGUCUUUAAUAGUUUCUAUAUUCAUCAAUACGACACACUAAAUGAUAAUGUCUUUAUAAAUAUAAAAGUCCCCCAAUUGUCCUUGUUUUUUUAUGUAAAAUACACAAUACAAAUCACCCUACACGCAUUGGUUUGUUUGCCAAUUUGAGAAGAUAUGAAGAAAACUUAACGGCACACAAAAGGAAAGUCACAUGAAAUUUGUGUGUAUAUAUUAUAUCGGAUACUAUACAUUAUCCCAAAAAGAGAAAAUAAAUCACAAAUGCACUUUAGCCAACAUAUCUGAUAAAAUGUUCACCAAAAGAACAAAUCAAAUAAUUAAGACACAAAUAAAUAUACCUUUUCAGUUUUUGAUAUAUACAUAUUUUUGUCUAGGGUGAAUCAAAAUAAAAACCUUCCCCAAAUGCCACUGCCAAAUGCUUGUGCUUGCAUUAGAGCGUGCUACAGAUGGCCACGACUCACUGGACUGUCAAAUGGCACUUGAAAACAUCCAAAUACAAAUCUCAAACAGGUCACAGCAUUCAGAAAAUAUCAUUUGACAAAACAAAUCACGAUCAUGAGAAAACAAGUCAUAAGAGAGUGUUUUACUUACAGUAACUCCUUGUUCAGUAACCAGUUCUAUACAAUAAAAAGCUGUUUGCAGGUGAUCUACCAUGUGUAAACUACUCAGUGUGUGUGUGUGUGUGUCUGUGGUGUCACAUCCAGUAAAUAAUAAAUAGUCCAGUCUGAGGACAGGUCUUUAUGCUUCCUCAGCCCUGGUGUAUUCUCAGUGGCAGCACCUGUGCAAUGUAAUGUCUGCUCUGAUAGCCUCUAUCUGUAGCCCACCAGAGACCCAAUAGUCACCCAGGCCAUCUGCUCUGGCCGGGGCGAAAUUAAAGGCACUGGAGUCUGCUAUGGGUCAGUGAAGCUGCCAUGUUGUCCAGGUGAAGAGGCAUUUCCUAGCUUUGCGCUCAUAUGACAAGUUAAGGAAUAGCUUAUGUAUUUUUUUUUUUUUUUUCCUGGUCAGAAACAGGCUCAUUUGCAAACAGCUGUUACAGCAAAAAAAAACAAUCCUACUUCUCUAUUUCAAAGACACUGAGAAAUAAAGUACAAUUGUGUUGGCAGCAUGAACAUCAGUCCAGUGUUAACCAGGCAGGCUUUGAGAUGCAGAAAGCUAAAUCACUGUGUGGCACGCCAGUCUGUAUAAACAAAACCGGGGAGAAAAAACUAACAAACAGUUUCUAGCAGCACAUGGUAGGCGUGCAAGACCAGAAAGCACUUAUGAUCCUAAAGCACAAUUAAGAUUUAAAGAAAACAUUUUUUAAGCAUUGUCCACCUCAGGCACAAAAUAAUACAUGUUACCAUCUACAGUG